ACUAGUAUAACAAGCAAUACAAUAUUAUUAGUAAUAAAUAGGUGGGUUAAUGUGAUAAUUGUAAAAUAAAAAUGAACAAAAUAGCAUGUGUUACAUUUGGUGAUGAAUCAGUUGGUUUAAGAAGCCUUCUUAUAACAUAUACGACGAAUGCGUUUCCUGCAGAAUAUGUACCUACUGUUUGGGACAAUGGUGAAUACGAGACCACUCUGGAUGGCAAAGAUGUGAGUUUGUCUCUAAUUUCUAUGGCAGGUCAACAGGAAUACAGUAGAUUACGACCACUUGCCUACGAGAUGGCGGACAUAUUCCUGUUAGGAUUUUCUAUUGGAUCUCCAAGCAGUUUAACCAGUCUUCAGAUCGUUUGGGUACCAGAAAUAAGAAAACUUUGCCCAAAUACACCUAUAGUGAUAGUAGGACUAAAAAAAGAUCUAAGAGAUAAUCCUGACACUGUGAAGUUAUUGAAACAAAAAAAUCUUAAACCUAUACCGUUCUCAUAUGGUGUAAAAAUGGCUCAACAAUUAGGAGCAGCGAAAUAUAUUGAGUGUUCUGCUUUGAAACAGGAAGGGGUUAAAGAAGUAUUUGAGGAGGUAAUUAGAGCCUUUAGAGCCCAUCAAAGUAGAAAAAACAAAUGUAUUAUAUCGUAAUAUGUCGAAUAUGAUUAUUAUCAUAUUCGACAUAUCUUAUUUUUAAAGACAUAAUAUUAUGCCGCAUUUAUACUCAGCCUUUGCCACUGCUAAUGCCGCUGUCGGCAAUAUUGGCCGAAAUACGAUAUCGACGCGAGUGAAGUGUUUACACCAGUCCUCACCAAUGUCGGCAAUAUCUUCAUGACUUCAUUACUCACUCGCAUUCGCGCUGCCUCUCCUUUGACUUCCGUCACAAAAACAGACUUUUUGGGGAGCACCGUGCAAUGGCCAGUAGCAUGAGCAGCGGCAGCCCGAGUAAGCUAUUUACACAUUCACGCUGUUCACUGCCCAAUUCCCUGUCCAACAGGACUGAGUGUAAAUCCGGUAUAAGCUAUCGACAAACUAUAUAUAGCUAGUUAAUUUUAAACAAUUUAUUUAUACUAGGGACACUUUUGAUGUUAUUAUUUUUACAAUAUAUUUUUUUGUAAUUGUCCACACAUUAACUAAUUAUAAAUUUUUCUUAAAGUAGAUGAAAAUGUUGAAAAGUAAUAAAAAUCCUUUCCAAAUUA